AUAUCCGAAAAUAGCAGCCGCCUCUCCCACAGCCCUCGCCCUGUACCCCCGGCCGCCUGUGUCUCCCUGCGAGUAGCUGCAGGACCUGUCACCAUGAGAGUUGGAGCAGCAGCGCUGGUGGCCGGCCUCAUUGGAGGGAUUGGGGUACUCUUAUUCCUCGUAGCCUUCGGCACGGACUACUGGCUGCUGGCAACCGAGAACUGCGGGGCUAUUGGCGGACUUUCGCCCCCUCCUGAGAACGGGACGGACCCCGCGGCGCCUCCUCUCUAUUUCCACCACGAGGGUUUUUUCUGGAGAUGCUGGUUCAAUGGGGAGGAAUUCCAGGAGACCAUCUGGAACUUCUGGUUCACCAGCCAAGCCCACCCUAAACACUGCAUCCAGGGGUAUCUGUUCCCCAUGCCGAUCGCCACGUGGCCGGUUCCCCAUCCAUCUUAUGACCCAACAGCAGUGUACAGAGGCUUCUGGACGGCAUUCAUCAUCCUCGCUGUGGCUGCCAGUCUGGUGGGGGGGCUUCUGUUGGUGUGCGCUGUCCCCUUCGCGGCCGCCCAGCUCUAUAAAGUAGGCGGUGGAUUCCUCAUCACUUCUGGCGUGCUGCUCGCCCUUCUCAUCGCCCUCUUCACCCUCUGGAAGGAGUUUGCCGCUGACCUUGAGAAGUAUAUCUUGUUAGAAAGAAGCCAGAAGUGUUUCCCAGACACCCACGUCCGCGUGUAUUACGGAUGGUCGUUCCUGUUCGCGGCCGUUGGGGCACCCCUGGUGCUUCUCUCCGGCCUCCUGUUUCUUUGUAUCAGCCGGAGCAUUCAUGUAGAAGAGAAAUAAAUAACAACUGGAAGAUCACAAAUGGAAAUUCCUUAUUGUAGAUGCGGGCACAAAGCAAUUCACAGAGAACGAACAUUUUAUGUCUAUAUUCAUAAGCAACCAACUGUGAGGAGCUGAUUAAGAGUUAGGCAGAGGCGACAUAAAAUAAGUCCUGGUAGGAUAGAAGCCUCGUAUCAGGGUAGAAUAAAUAACGCGGCGCCGGCGCGAGGCCGAGACGCAGAUCUCUUAUGUUCUCCAUGGAGAUAAGUGCUGUGUGAUGUAUUCCUGACAUGCUGCAGAAUUCUGCACUUCCAAUAAAGUGUCACAAAACAACACAA